AUGGAGCACCCUGAUUGUGUGUUGCUGCAUUUGCCUCUUGCCAGGGUGGAGUAUAGUCUGCCACUCCAGUUGGGUGUCGUUGUUGCUUCCGAGGCUUCAGCAUUCAUGAUGAACUUACUUCAGAUGGUGCCUGACCACUGGGUACAUAUUCUUGUCCCUGUGGGAUUUGUUGUUGGAUGUUAUCUAGACAGAAAGAAUGACGAAAAGCUCAUUGCCUUCUGGAACAAGAGUCUGUUAUAUAAAAGGGAAUUAAGACCCAGUGAAGAAGUCACCAGGAAGUAAAAGUUGCUGCUGAAUUACAGAAUGUUCUCAUUUUUUAAAUUAUAAGAGAAAUAAAAACACAUUCAUUACUUAAA